AUGAAGAGUUCGAGUACCGGGUCCGCCGCGUGGUGGCGGAUGGUGUCGAUCGUCCUCGGGGCGCUCCUGUGCGUGUCGCUGUUAGGGCGACCGGCGUCCCUGCAGCUCCACUCGCGCUCCUUCGCAUCGGACCCCCACGCGGACGCGCACCCCGUAGCGAGCGACAAGGGCGCAGGAGACGCGCAAGGAGGCGGGCUCGGGGCCCGGGAGACGGCGGGGGAGCCCCAGAGCGCCUCGGCGACCAGCCCGCCAGAGCCCGAGCCGGCAGGGCUCGCCCCGCCGCGGCUGGACCCGUCGAAAAAGUACGCGUACGUGUACUACGGCACGGACGCGACGUACUUCUGCGCGGCCGUCGUGAGCGCGACGCGCAUGCGCGAGCUGGUGUCGCCCAGCGUGGACAUUGCCAUCCUGGUGCCCACGCACCGCGCGCCCAUGUUCCGGGACGUGAUCGACCGCGCCGCAGAAGACGGGUUCACCAUCAUCGAGGUGCCGCGGUUCGUCCAGCCCUCGGGCGUGCACGCGGGGUACUACGCCGACGCGUUCACCAAGCUGCGCGUCUUCCAGCUGAAACAGUACGACCGCGUGAUCUUCCUGGACGCCGACUCGAUCCCGAUGAACAACCCGGACAACCUGUUCUUCCUCCCGCCGGCGAUGCUCGCCAUCCCGCGCGCGUCGUGGCAGAACCAGAUCUCGGUCACCACCGCGCUCAUGGUGAUCCAACCCUCGGACGUGGCCUGGGAGCGCGUCACCAUGUGGAUCGCCGACCGCUUGGGCUGGGGCAACGGCGACUACAACGAGAUGAAGCGCGUCACGGGCGACUGCGACACGAACGACAGCUGGGGCGCGCACAUGCUCCCCGAGGACAUCUACGACAUGGACCUGGUCAACAUGGCCUUCCGCGACGACAUGACCAUCCUCGGCGGGCACGAGCUGCUGCUGGACGCGCAGAUCAUGGACGAGCCCAUGUGGGAGGCCGGGCGCCCGGGCGGGCCCAACUGGAAGUUCAGUUUCCGGUUCGAGGCCAGCAGCGGGAUGGAGAUGCUGGACAUCGUCAAGGUGGUGCACUUCACGGCGGGCGGCAAGAUUUGGACCAAGGGCCCGGACCACCACGACCUGCAGCACCCGGAGAUGAAGGUCGUGUGGAAGGCGUGGCAGGACGCCGCGAACAAGGCCGUGUGCCACCCGUGA